AUGGACAUCCUGGAGCUGACAUUUCUGGGCACAGCCUCUGCUGUUCCUUCUCCUGUCAGAUGUGUGUCUUGUACAGCACUCAGACAUGAUACUGGUGUCUGGCUGUUUGACUGUGGAGAAGGUUCCCAGGUGCAGCUGAUGAAGAGUGCCCUCAAGCCUGGCAAGAUCCACAAGAUCUUUAUCACUCACCUGCAUGGAGACCAU